ACUGUCAUCACAACGAGACUGAGACAUUGUGCGUAAACACGUGCACUGGGGUACAUAGAUAACGCCGUUUCAUAUAAUACAUCUUUCGUGAAAAGAGACACACCGCAUAAUGGCUGAUACAGAAAUUCGUAAAGAAAAGAAGAAGAAGGAGAAGAAAAUCAAAGAAGAGCCAGUCGAAGACUUGGGUGAAUUACAGGCAAAUGGCUCCCUUCAAUUGAAAGCAUCCGAAAAACUAGCACAACUAGAUUCAUCCCAAUGGCCAUUGCUAUUGAAAAAUAUUGACAAAUUGAAUGUUCGAACGAAUCACUAUACACCGUUACCAUUUGGAUCGUCGCCAUUGUGCCGUGAUAUUCGCGAAUACAUUAAAUAUGGUUACAUUAAUUUGGAUAAACCAUCGAAUCCGAGUUCACAUGAAAUUGUUGCAUGGAUUAAACGCAUUCUUAAAUGCGAGAAAACUGGUCACUCCGGCACAUUGGAUCCUAAAGUGACAGGUUGUCUCAUUGUUUGCAUCGACCGGACCACUCGUUUGGCAAAAUCACAACAGAGCGCUGGAAAAGAGUACGUUGCUGUAUUUAAACUGCAUUCAGCUGUUGAGUCUGUCGCCAAAGUUAAGCAAGGUUUGGAAAAAUUGCGUGGUGCUCUCUUUCAACGUCCACCACUAAUAUCGGCCGUGAAGAGACAGCUUCGUGUUCGUAGCGUCUAUGAUAGCAAACUUUUGGAUUAUGACACCGAAAGAAAUAUGGGCGUUUUCUGGGUUAGCUGCGAGGCUGGAUCAUACAUUCGAACAAUGUGCGUACAUCUUGGACUGAUUUUGGGUGUUGGUGGUCAAAUGUUGGAACUUCGCCGAGUGCGUUCUGGUAUCGUUUCAGAGAAGGAUGGCCUAACAACUAUGCAUGAUGUAUUGGAUGCCAUGUAUCUAUAUGAAAAUCAUAAAGAUGAAAGUCUAUUAAGAAGAGUUGUAAUGCCACUCGAAGGUUUGCUCGUUCGUCACAAGCGUAUUGUCAUGAAAGACAGCUCAGUCAAUGCUGUAUGUUAUGGUGCCAAAAUUAUGUUGCCUGGUGUGCUCCGGUAUGAGGAUGGCAUUGAAAUCGAUGAAGAAAUUGUCAUUAUUUCUACAAAAGGAGAAGCUAUUGCAUUGGCAAUCGCUCAAAUGACCACAGCCACAAUGUCAAGUUGUGAUCAUGGUGUGUGCGCAAAGAUCAAGCGUGUUAUCAUGGAUCGUGAUUUGUAUCCACGUAAAUGGGGUCUUGGUCCGAAAGCAUCACAAAAGAAAUCACUUGUUGCUGCCGGUAAAUUGGAUAAAUAUGGACGUCCAAAUGAAAAUACACCAGCCGAAUGGCUUACUGGCUAUGUUGAUUAUAGUGCACUCAGCAAUGGUGCUGUAAAAACAGAACCCGUUGACAGUACAGAAAUAAAAAAAGCCGACAAACGUAAAUUAAGCAUUGGUACAAAUUCGGACCCAGAAACGACACUGGACACAACGGCUGUCAGCGAAUCCGAUAAAGUUGAAAAGAAAAAGAAGAAGAAGCGAAAGAAGGACCUUGAGGCUGGCGAAGAAGUAGCUGAAACACCUGCCGCCGAACCAGCGGCUGAAGAUGAUGAAGCUUCGAAGAAAGAGAAAAAGAAGAAGAAAAAGAAAGAUAAAAAUAAGGAAAAAACCGAUGAAUAAAUUUCAUUUGCAUUCAAA